UUUUUCUCGGCUGCUAAUUUUUCCCGCGAUGGCAGAUUUUCGCGCCACGGAGAAAUCUUUCACCCUAAAUAAAAAUGGAGGGACUAGACGAUGCAGGAAUAUUUUACAGUGACAAUUUUGGAUCUGAAGACCAACCUGAUGAAAAUAAUGUCGACCGACUGCAUGUGAAAAAGCGGUUCAAAGAAUUCAUCCGACAAUUUCAUGAGGGCAAUUUUUCUUACAAAUACAGGGACCAGCUCAAACGGCAUUACAAUUUAGGACAGUUUUGGCUUGAGGUGGAUCUCGACGAUGUCGGCAUCUUUGAUGAAUCGUUGGCAGAAAAGCUUCUCAAGCAACCGUCAGAGCACAUAUCACUGUUUGAAGAUGCCGCGAAGGAGGUAGCUGAUGAAAUAACAAGACCCCGACCUGAAGGGGAUGAAGAGGUGGAAGACAUUCAAGUUAUGCUGACAUCUGCAUCCCAUGCUUGCGGUCUUCGUCAGUUAAAGUCGGACCAGAUGUCUCGGCUGGUGAAAAUUCCAGGCAUUGUAAUCGCAGCAUCAGGUGUGCGGGCAAAAGCUAUUCGGUUGGCCAUCCAGUGUCGAGGGUGUUCAAAUGUAAUCAACAAUAUAAGUAUCAAACCUGGCCUUGAGGGUUAUGUUCUGCCUCGCAAGUGCAACACGGAACAAGCAGGACGACCAAAGUGUCCAAUGGAUCCAUAUUUCAUCAUGCCAGACAAGUGCCGUUGUGUUGACUUCCAAAUUUUAAAGCUUCAAGAAGCACCGGAAGCUGUCCCUAACGGAGAAAUGCCGCGGCACAUGUCACUUUAUUGCGACAGGUAUCUUUGUGAUAGAAUUGUACCUGGUAACCGUGUGACUGUUAUGGGAAUAUAUUCCAUUAAGAAGACAUCCAAACCUACGAAAAACCCAAGGGAAAAAGUCAAUGUAGGAAUUCGACAGCCAUAUUUCCGGGCAGUGGGCGUUCAGGUUGAUACAGAAGGAACUGGGCGUUCAUCACAAACAAAUUUGUCACCAAGUGAAGAGGAGGAUUUGCGUCGUUUGGCUUCCACAGCCAAUAUCUACGAGAUAAUAGCCAAGAGUAUAGCACCCUCAAUCUAUGGAAGCAUGGACAUUAAAAAGGCCAUUGCAUGUCUCUUGUUUGGAGGGUCUCGAAAGCGACUGCCUGAUGGGCUGACGCGACGUGGUGAUGUGAAUCUCCUGCUCCUUGGUGAUCCAGGCACUGCUAAAAGUCAGCUGCUAAAGUUUGUGGAAAGAUGCUCUCCUAUUGGGGUGUACACAUCAGGAAAAGGAAGCAGUGCUGCAGGUUUGACAGCAUCAGUCAACAGAGAUCCACAAACUAGAAAUUUUGUGAUGGAAGGAGGGGCUAUGGUUUUGGCUGAUGGGGGAGUAGUCUGCAUCGAUGAGUUUGAUAAAAUGAGGCAAGAUGAUCGUGUGGCUAUUCAUGAGGCGAUGGAACAGCAGACCAUCUCUAUUGCAAAGGCUGGCAUCACCACAACUUUGAAUUCUCGCUGCUCAGUCCUUGCUGCUGCAAACAGUGUCUUCGGUCGAUGGGAUGAUACAAAGGGGGAGGAAAACAUAGACUUCAUGCCUACCAUCCUUUCUCGUUUUGAUAUGAUCUUUGUGCUUAAAGAUGAACAUGACGAGAAUCGAGAUAUGACCCUAGCCAAACAUGUCAUGAACGUUCAUUUAAAUGCCCUGCAAACUAUUGAGGAAAUCCCAGAAGGUGAAAUUCCUCUCAACACUUUGAAAAAGUACAUAGCCUUUUGCCGAAGCAAAUGUGGACCACGCCUCUCUGCUGAAGCAGCAGAAAAACUUAAGAAUCGCUAUGUGCUGAUGAGAAACAAUGCUGCGGACUAUGAGAGAGAGACAGGCAAGCGUGUGAGCAUCCCCAUCACAGUGCGGCAGCUCGAGGCCAUCAUUCGCAUUGCAGAGUCUCAGGCAAAAAUGCGACUUGCGCCAUUUGCUACAGAAGCUGAUGUUGAUGAGGCUCUGCGGCUGUUCCAGGUGUCCACUCUUGAUGCUGCGUCUUCUGGAAACUUGGCAGGUGCUGAGGGAUUCACCACAGAAGAAGACCAAGAACUCCUUAACAGAAUUGAGAAGCAGGUCAAAAGGCGCUUUGUCAUUGGGUCACAAGUUUCAGAGCAUGCCUUGUUGCAGGAUUUUGCCCGCCAGAAAUAUCCCAGAGCGAGCUGUUCAGAAAGUUCUUUCACUGAUGCUGCGGCGGGGAGAGAUACAGCAUCGUAUGCAGCGGAAGCUGCUUUACAGGGUGAAGUAAAUACCCUUCCAGCAAGGAACUUGGUGACUGCACAGUUUUUGCAGGGUUAAACUAGCAACACUUGUGUGAAAACUGCCUUCUGGAUUCAGUUGACAGUGUUUGCAUAACUAUUGAGAGGUUUCUUUAACUUGUUGAUGCCUAGGUAUCUCAUUCAACCACUGCUUUACAGAGUAAAGCUAAUGCCUUUUAAGUCCCAUCAUUAAUGGCAGUAGAGUAAGCAGUAAAAGGUUUUUUUUUUCAUAUUUUAACAAAGCCUGAUUAAUUUUUUUAUGUAAGUUUUCAUUUUUCUGAGUCGGCUGCAUCUUACAUGUACAUUUCACAGUGUCUUGUUAACAGUUUGCUUCUGCAAAGGCUUGAGUGAAAAAAAAGUAGAGAUAAUAAACAUGUUCAUACCCCAUGUAUUCAUCUUAGACAGUUGAUGUAAGUGUAAUUUAAAUUUGUGGUGUCGUCAGUAAUAAUUAUAUGUAUUUUGUCUUGUGUAAUUGUAAAUAUAUAUAUGUUCAUUGUUUAUUCGAAAUGAAAAUUCAACAAAGAAAUUUUUACCUUAACUGGCAAAGAAAGAUUUGUGGUAAGAGCGUUUUUUGUGCAGGUACUUUUUUCAUCAACAUGAAUUUAUUUUUAAUGGAAAUCAGAAGCUGAUGAUAAUAGUUGACCGAAAGAACUAUCAUGCAGAGAUAAACAUUUUUAUAUUUGAAUCGCCUGUGUGGUCUAAAAGUGAGGAAGGUGAGUUAUGAAUGCUGCUUGUGCUACACUACAAGAAAGGCUAUGUGAGAAAGAAAAACCCAUGGUCUUAGUACGAACUUGUGAGCAAGCUUGAGUUGGUGUAUGAUUCUUUUGGAGACGAAAUACUUAUGGGCUGGAGAUUUUUGUAACAUGUUGGAGAUUCUUGUGUAUUAUUUCUAAAUGCAGUAAGGCAAGAUCAUCUCCUAUGUGUGCAUAAACUCUUCAGACCGGCAGUCUUGCACUGUCCUGUGAUACUGAUUACUAUAGUCUUGAACUGUGUAUGAAAUGGAGUUUUUUGUGUGUAUGUGUAAGUUCCUUGCAUUGGGCUGGAAAUAUUUAAAACGUGUUAAGGAUAUAUCUUCUUAAUUUUUGUCCUUUCGUUGAAAUGCAAACAUCACCAGUAAUGGAUAUUUAAACGCCAACUUAAUGUUUGCAUUUUAAUGGGAUAAAGGAAAUGAGACUGUUUUCUUUCUGUGAAGCUGUUUACCAAGCUAGUACUGGUUUUGAUAACAGUAGUAAAGAUUGGUAAAAUUUCUUUCAACUGGAAGAGCCAGAAAAGAAAACUUGAAGUUAAAUCCCCCACAUGUUUUAAACUUUUUCAGACCGGCAGUCUUGUGCUGCCCUGUGAUAUUACUUAGACCUUCAAGGUCAUCUUCGCUGCAUGUAUUAUUAAUGUGUAUUUCAGUCAUUAAUUACGUGGUAUGUUCCAUUAGUAUAUUUGCAUAGUUUUCUUUUUUUCAUUCCCAUCAAUCCUUUAUAUUUUUUUAUGAUUGCAUAUUUUGCUGUGUAAUGUUACAUGUAGCAUGCAUUUAUGAUUUAUAUGAUACAUUUGUAUAACUUGGACAUCAAUUUGAUAAAACCAAGUAUCACUGGGAAGAUAAGUUACUGCUGGCACAAAUUUCAUGUAUGAUUUGUACAGUUUGUUGUGGACUGUCUGCUGUCAUUUCAUAAGUAAAUAAAUGUUUUGCAUGGGUG